AUGAACCUCGACGAAGAAGUGCGGUUAUACACAACCAACGCAGAGCGUGAACAUACCGAGAACCUAGCGACCCUAUACAGCAUCAUCGUCUCGCUAGAUCUCCUGGAGCGCGCUUACGUCCGCGACUCAGUCACGUCGAAAGACUAUGCGCCAGCAUGCACCCGCCUGUUGGCGCAGUACAAGAGCUUGAUGAAGCUUGUGGGCGAGGAGAUCGGGGGUGUCGAGACAUUCAUGAAGCGGUACAGGAUGGGCCACCCUGCUGCGCUGCAUCGCCUGACGGUCGGGGUUCCGGCCACCGUUGAACAUUCGGCCGACGACAGUUCUGGCGAGAACGCCAAGAACGUCGCUGAGGCCACGCAAGCGUUCAUCACGUUCAUGGAUGCGCUCAAGCUCAAUCUCCGCGCCAAGGACCAGUUGCAUCCCCUCCUUACCGAGGUCAUGACGGGAUAUGCCAAGUUUCAGGCUAGCGCUGAGUGGGAGGGCCGAGGCAAGAUCAUCCACUGGCUCAUCACGCUCAACGCGAUGCAGGCGGCUGACGAGAUCACCGAGGAGCAGUCACGACAGAUGCUGUUCGACAUCGAGAACGCGUACAAUGAGUUCUUCCGGUCGCUGGGCAAGGCAUAG